AUGGAGCAUUGGUCGCAUCAGUUUUGCCUCGCUUGCGACAAGCAGGUCGAUUCAAAUGCCGCCUACUGCUCAGAAGCCUGUCGCCUUGCGGAACUCGAGAGGUCGUCCACGCCGAGCUCGUUGGCCAGCUCACCAGGCAUGGCGCCUUCAAUGUAUUCCCCUUGGGGCUCGCCCACGAUCAAGGCCAACAAGUUCUUCUUGGAACCAGCGUACGAUUUUUCCAACGCAAAGCCGUACGGGCCUUCCACGACCGCGAGGCGACACGCGCUGUUCGGUGACUACUCAAUGUCUGCCUCCACCCAGUCGUCCAGCCUCACACCCUCGAGCUCCGGCACCAGCCUCUCGUCCAUGCAAAGCGCAUCGGGGACGAACGAGCCGAGCAGCAUCUCUGCCGAUGCCGCGAAGGAGUUGCGGGCUUACGCCAUGGCCUUUGAGUACGCUCGUUCCCAACGAAGGCGAUCAUCAUAG